AUGACAGCUAACAAUGACGACGAUAUCAAAUCGCCCAUUCCCAUUACAAACAAAACCUUGUCUCAAUUGAAGCGUGUGGACAGAAGUCCAGGAAGGCCCAGUUCUUCGCAAGGCGAGAUAAAACGCAAGAGGUCCAGGCUGUUUACCUCAGAGGCAAGACCGGAUUCUCCGCUAAGGGCAAGGUCAGCUACCCCAACGGUGCAGGAUCAAAAACUGUUCAAUGGUAUGGACUCUACACUCCUCUUGAAUGAAAGACUGCAGCAUUAUACACUAGACUAUGUUAGCGACAGAGGGCAACAUAUCAAGAAUAUAUACGACCCGAAUUCUAGGUGGUUCAGCAGGUCAGUGAGACCUGAAUUUCCUAUUGAGGAGUUUUUGCCGUAUAAAACUGAAAGUCAUGAGGAUCAAGCGAAAUAUUUGUGCCACGUAUUAGUCAAUCUUUAUAUCGCCAUUAGCUCAUUAGAUAUACAGGGUUUGAUCUCUAUUUCCAGCAAGGAUCUAGCUGAUUUGAAGAAAGAGGUAGAUGAGUUAGCCCUUAAGACUGAUCUUUUCAGAUUAUCCAACAACACAGCAGAGAAUGAUUUACUUGGGAACGAUAUUGCCAAUUACGACGAUGCAGAAGGCUUAGAAGACGAAUUAGAUGAAUACUUUGACUUAACUGGGCCCGAUUUCAAUGCCACGGGGAAGAUCACUGCCAAAUCAGCCACCAUUGUCAAUGUUAACCAUUGGACCAAUGAGCUCAAGAAUUGUUUACAUUUUGAUUUUCCAGUCGCCCUAAGAAAAUCUCUUGCAACAGUUUAUUAUUAUCUGUCACUUGUUCAAGGUCAAAAGGUGUAUAGACAAAUGCACGUGGAUAUGUUUGAAAGAUUAGUAAGCACAGAUGAUGAUAGGACAAAUUUUACCGAUCUGCUGCAAAGAGAGGGCCUCUUGUUAGAUCAUCAAAUCAUGCUAGAUUUCCUUUGCGAAUUCCUACCUUAUCCAGAUCCUGACUAUGCUCGUUAUGAACUAUCGUCAAAGGAAGAUUUGCAAUUAUUUAGAUUACUGUUGAAACAUGCACAUAACGCCAAACCGUUUUUCGAUGAGUCGAAGGAAGAUUUAUUAGUUGAUACCAUGAAUUUCCUGUUGUCUAGUCUUGCUCCUUCUACGAUGAUGGCUAUAAUGCCUAUUAUUACAUCCGUCGUUCCUUAUCACUAUCAUAUCCAUUCUAAAAUCGUCGAUUAUUUCCCUUUCUGCUACAGCAUUUGGAGCUCAGUCAGUGCGAACGUGGCUAUCGACACUCACAUGUAUGAUUUUGUUGGAUCAAUUUCCAAGGACGUUCAUAACAAGAUAUUAAGCAACGAUCACAAGAAGGAAGUCGUUGGAGUGGAUUUUGGCAAGUUCGGAAUUUUUACAGAUGAUCAAAUGACUUUUAUGUUCAAUAGGCUGCAAGGUCACCUUAGAACAGACGGUCAAAUACAUUCUUACUCCCGUACGGUGAAACCUUUUGUUUAUGCUAUAAAUGGUUGUAAUAAAGAUAAAUUUUUUGAGAAGCUUCUGAGCUUAGCAAAAGCUAUCGAAACGUUUAUUCAUCCCUCUAAUAAUGGGUUUUGGACUAAGCCAAACGCUAAAUUUGUCCAUUCUUUCAUCAAAACCUAUCAUGGGAGGGUCAAAUAUGAAGAAGAAAUAUGUUCGAAUGGUGCUGCAAACGAGAUAUGUUUAACCUCUUCUUGUCAUGAAGAGAUUGUCCGAAUUUUUUUUAAUAUUGUUGGUUUGGGUUCACAAAAUAAAAAUUCUGAUAUCGCCAAUUAUUACAUUUCCUGCUUUGCAUACUUAUUAGAACUGAACCCUUCAAACGCAUAUCUCAUCUAUGAUAAAAUACUGCUAGAUCUGUAUGAUACAUUGUCUGACCAAUUUAUCAAUUCGAAACACAGGAUUAUCUCCUCUUUAAAACAGUUCACUAGAAUCAUUAGAUUUAUUGUAAUGGACAAACUAUAUCGUGUGCAUAUAACAAACGUCCUUUCAAUGCUGGUCUCCAAGCUUGAUAUGAACGAUACCAAUUUAACAAGCAACCUCAUCAAUGGAAUUGUAUCCAUUGCUGCUUUCAUCCCCAUCAAAAACCUCACGAACGAAGGAGAUUAUUUAUCAUUUGACUCAGACACUCUUCCUUUGAUCGAACAACACUUCUAUCACAUCAAAAGCGGUGAAAGUUCAAAGACCUUCCAAAUCGAUGAAAAACUGCUUAAUAAUGCUUUUAUAGCUUCUACCACAAUUUUUGAAAGUAUUUUGAAAGUAUAUGCAGAGAAGGUUUUCCAAUUGAUCGAUGUGGAUUUAGAGGACUCCUUGGCCACUAAAAUAAAUCAAACUACUAUGAUUUUACAAGAAUCUAUGGACGAUAAACUAUUCAAGUAUUUCGCUGAUUUGUUGUUGAGGAACUUUUGGAGUAAUGACUCUUUCAAGGAGAAGGAUCCAAAUUACGAAUUAAUCACUAUCCCAUUAGCAGCAAUAGUGAGAAGAAAUAAUACUUUAAGUAAGGACUUAGUUAAAACCCUCUUAUUCCACGUCAAAGAGCAAAUAAAAAGGGGUGCAGGGUCUGUUAGAAGUACCUCUGAAAUUCAGCAAAGGGAUGUUAAGUUAGUUUUGUAUUUGACCACACUAAACGAUGUUUUGAGGCAAUGUCACGAUUCGUUAUUGGAUUAUAGUGACGAGUUGAUAACAUUCAUGAAAUAUUUAUACGACAACGUGACUAAUCCUCCACUAGAUGUUAUUACAUCUAUCGUUAUUCACAGUGCUUUAGCAACUCUGUGUACUACCGAAAUAACCGACUGUCGCUUAUUCCCAGAAGACUCUAUGAUUCCCGAGGAGGACAGAUGGGGAGGACUACAGUUCGAUCCUAGAAGAUUCGAAAAACAGCAUUUGAACUUUAAAUGGCAUGUACCUUCUGAUGAUGAAAUUACCUUAUCUAUAAGCAUUUUGGAAAGCCUCACCGACUAUUGUAUCAAUAAAGUUGAAGAACUGAUGAAAACUCCACGGAAUGACUCCGAAUACGGCGAUAUGAUACAGAAAUACGUUUUAGUUAUGACACAUACGCUUUCUGGGUCAAGUUUGCUUUUCGAUCCAGAUUUCAGCAAAUAUAGAACUCAAUCAAACUUAUCAUACAGAGAAAAGCUGAUUUUAUUGAAGAACAUCCGCGAAAACAAUUGUGAUGCUCAAGAACUGGAUAUCGAUAUUGAACAAAUUCGUUCUGUUAAGGAUGAAGAAGAUUAUAUCGAAAGUAAGGAUAUUGAAGCAGGACUGAAUGAAGGCGUUUCUGAUGUCGUGCAAUUGAGAGAUGAAUUCCCAAAUGAAUUAAUUGUUGAUGACCAGAUAGCAUCUGAGAUGCCAUCCGGUGUAAACACCCCUAUUGCAGGCUCUCGCGGUGCUGACAACUCAUCUAUGAGUUCGGACCUUGCCUUCAGAGAUUUAGAUAUUUACAGCUGCAAUUACUACUUUGGAAAUACCACCGAAGAGAAGCUACAAAACCCACAAUAUAUACAAGUCCACAAAGUAAGAGCCCUUAUCGGACGUUUCUUCCACAAACUUUACACUUUCCUUUCUACCAACUUCGAAAACAACACCAACAUGUUCCAAAUUUUAUUACAUGGAUUGAAAGUUUGGUUUACAGAUCUGGGACAAGAAACGGUCUUCAAUGAAGAUCCAGAUGCCUUCAUUGAUGUCGAUUUUUUGGAAAACGUUCAAUCCCUUUCCCACGUAAAUGAGCCAUUCACGAGAACCAAUUUUGCAAUCAGAGCAAAUGGUUUGCAUCAAAGCAGAGUCCUGUUACAUUCAACAAAUAGAAAAGGUUCUAAGUUAGAGAAUCUUUUAUUAGUCGACAUCAUACAUUUGGCCACUUCUCUUUAUCCUGAUAUUUAUAAACCAGCACAAGGCACCUUGGUGCAUUGUAUGAAACAGUUAGUCGGGUCAUACGGUGUAGUUAUCAAUAAAAUAAUCCCACUGUUGGAAAAAGCGGUUAAAGAACACGAUUAUAUGAAAAUUCAAGUCAUCCUAAACGUGUUGCUAAUCAAGAAAAUUCACAGGAAGCUCAUGACUGAUUAUAGAGACAUCGACCGAUUGAUAUUUUUGCUGAUUGAAUGUUGUCAUGUAAAUGAAUUGGAAAUUGGUAUGUAUGCAGACAAGAUUUUAACUGAUAUUGUCAUUGGCAUAAAGAUUCCUUCUAGUGUAUGUGUUAUUUCUGAUGAAGCUUUCUUACCCUUGGCACCCCCAGAUGACACCAUUAAUUUGCAAGUGGAGGCGGUAAAACUUGCCAAAAAGAAAAAACGUGAAUACUACCUUUCACUGUUAGUCGAUUUGCAAAAUAGGUUGCUAGAUAAACUGGACAAUGAAAAAGAGAUGGGUUGGAAGAUCAAAAUGUUUAUUGUCCGUUUUGUUACACAAAUUCAAUCGAGUUUGGAAAGUAAGCCCGACAAAAGGGCAGUUUCUUCAAUAAUUUCUCAAACCGCUACAAAGCAUCCAGAAAUUAUACAUCUGAUUGUAAAGUCAUUGUUGUCAAUUUGCAACAAAAUAAUUUCAUUGUCUGACUAUCAGUAUGACAUCACUAAGGCCUAUAAAAAUGAAUUCAACCCGUCCUUUGUUGAGGUAAUGAGUACUUCCGACACAAACUUCCCCCGAAGUUUUGCCGAGGAGAUGGACAACUUCGAAAAUCCUGAGUACUUUAUUGACUCAAGAGCAUUUGUUGGGUGGCUAUGUUGGGGCAGACCCGUAUAUGUCAUGUCAUCAAAAACUUUGGGUCUCAAUUUACAUCAGAACGAACUGGAUGUCUUGAUGAGUACUGGUCGCUUAGUGACAAAAGAAUUUUUAAGAGAUGUAACUAUGAAUUUGGUCCAAGAUAAUGAAACGAGGGGAGUUUUUAGUAGCGGUAACGUAUCAUUUUUUUCCUUAAUUAUCCUUUUGAUAUCAUCUGGAUUUUGCAAAAUAAACUUGUCAGAGCUAUUUGAACUAUGUGAGUCGUACUAUAAUAAAGACGACAAGGCUUCGAUGAUUAUGUCUGUUGAGAUAGUAGCUGGUUUGAUUUGUGGCAGUAAAUUUAUGACGGCCGCUGAUUUACAGAGACGUGAUGCUUUUAUAGAAAUAUUCUUAGCUAAAUGCUUGGACUAUGAAUUGAACCAUGACGCCUUUGAAAUUUGGAGUACAUUGGCAUGGUGGUUGCCUGCAGUUGUUGAUUUAAGAAGAUCCAAGACGUUCUUCAAUCACUUUAUCAAUGCAGAUAGUAUGUUUGACCGCAAAUCUGACGCAGCCACACAUCAAACCUCCAAGAUUUACAUGCUAAGAAGCAUUCUGAUGAGUAUGGAGUUUAGGGCUCCAAAUGUCAGUAAACUUUUCGAUGAAUUAGUAGUCGACCAUCCAUAUGAUCAGGUUCGUCAGGCUGCUGCUAAAUUAUUGACAACUCUAGUUCAAAAUCAAAGCAAUCCAUCGAUUUCAAAUCCCACGAAGCUGUUGGAAGCGGAACUAAAUGAUCCAGAUGGACUAGGGUUACCUUUGAAAAGAGUUCCAGAAAAGGUGGACACCUACAUCAAGAGGCAGUUUGAGAGUAUCACAGAUUUAGCGGAUAGUGUCAUUGGCAUGAGUCCUCAGGAAUUCAUAAAGACUGAGUAUUUUUACAGGACAUCCACGAUGUUUUAUUGGAUCAAAGAAAUGGCAAGGGGGCCCAAUAAGGUUUUGUUGGUUCCAUAUUUAGUUGAUUACGUGCUAACAUUUCUAAUCGGAUUAGUGAAGCAUAAAGAUGUUUGCGCUCUUGCCAGUUUGGAUCCUAUCCGCUUGUAUGCUGGCUUGGGUUACAUGCCGGUCAGAAAGAAUGAUGUUGCUGCUAUUGUUGACUACGUCUGUUCUUCAAAUGUGAUAUUAUCGUCGAAUCAGAUAAAACUGCAGUUGGGUUUUAUUCAACACUUCCUAUCAGCGGAAUUACUACAAUUAACAGAAGAAGAAAAAACGAAAAUUUUAGAAUUUGUCGUGAGUAAUCUCUAUAAUGAACAGUUUGUGGAAGUGAGAGUACGUGCUGCAUCCAUUUUGUCUGAUAUUGUUCAUAACUGGAAAGAAGAACAGGCGUUGCUAAACCUGAUUGACAGGUUUGCGAAGGGACUUGACGUCAACAAAUAUUCCUCAAAAGAAAGGCAAAAAUUAUCAAAGGCUGAUAUUAAGAUUCACGGUAACGUUUUAGGCCUUGGGGCGAUAAUAUCAGCCUUCCCGUAUGUUUUCCCGCUACCGCUAUGGAUUCCUAAGCAGCUGAGUAACUUAUCCUCCUGGGCCAGAACUAGUGGCAUGACUGGACAAGCUGCCAAGAAUACUAUUAGCGAAUUCAAGAAGGUGAGAGCUGACACUUGGAAGUUCGAUAGAGCAUUUUUUAAAACGGAAGAACUGGAAGAUCUGGAAGGUGUUCUGUGGAGAAGUUAUUAUGCUUGA